UGCAUUCCUAUCAUUAAUGAAUCUGUCGGUUUUUAUAACUUCUGUCGCCAUCCUUUAUUCUUAAAUUAAUAGAAAAUGCACGGCAGACUUAAAGUUCGAACCACCGAGGAGGAACGUGAACGCAAGAAAAAGGAGCAAGCUUUGAAGGUUAAAGCCUAUAAUUCCACGAUGUCCAAAAUACAAGAUAAACGGCGGCGAAAAGAAUUGGAUGACGAAAUGUUGCAACUAACUUCACAAAUCUUACUAAGAAAUCCCGAUGUCACGACAUUGUGGAACAUUAGACGUGAAUGCGUCGAAAAGAAGACGAAUUUAGAUCAGAAAAACGGGGUUUAUGAUGCGGAAUUAAACUUCAGCGAGCAGUGCUUGUUAGUAAAUCCCAAAUCCUACAACGGUUGGCACCAUCGGUGCUGGAUUUUGGAACAUAGUCCAAACGCCAAUUGGGAACGUGAAGUACAACUUUGCAGCAAAUAUUUGAAAAUGGACGAACGAAACUUUCACACAUGGGACUAUCGGCGCUAUGUAGCGGUAAGAGCACAGGUUUCUAGACAGAAUGAACUUGAUUUUUGCACGGAAAAAAUUAAAGCCAAUUUUUCAAACUACUCGUCGUGGCAUCACCGCAGUUUAUUGUUGCCUAUUUUAUAUCCUUAUAAAGGAGAUACUCCUAAACAAGCCAUGAGCGAGUCAAAACUGAGAGAAGAGCUAGAGAUGGUUCUUACGGCCGCUUUUACGGAUCCAAAAGAUAGCAGUGCGUGGUUUUACCAACGGUGGUUACUGGGCUACUCCAGACAAGAGCUAGAUGUAUGUGCAUUCCGACACGACAAUAACCAUGCAGUUAUUGCAUUCACUAAUCCUAUAAUCCUAGGUAAUGCAAAUAUAGCGUUAACGGAUUCAAACAAUAGUAUACAUAUAAAACUUAAAAAUUGGAAGCCUUUAAACGGCACUGAGGCAGACACCACUUGGGUGUAUUCUCAAUCUAAUAAAGCAACUCAUCUCGUACCAGAUAUCAAUGACACUAUUCUGAAUAUAAAAAUUCCCGAUAUAGAAGAAAAACGAAUUGUUUUAAAACCCUAUAACAAAAGUGUAUUCUACUUUAAACAACCAAAUCAGUCUUUAGUAUUUACAGGAAGCAUUUUGAAUGAAUUACAAUCACAAUUAGAGUCUUGCCAAAGCUUAUUAGAAUACGAACCUGAUAGCAAAUGGACCUUGUUGACAUCCGCGCUUCUAAUGCGCGCUAUUGAUCCUCAACGAUACCACGACAAAUCUUUGCAAAUUCUUGCGACACUUCAAAAAGUCGAUGCGCUUCGUAAGAACUAUUACCUUGACAUGAGUUCCAAGUGGAUUCUAGAGAAAGGUCUCUCAGACUGGGCUGACUCGCAAGAUGUACCAAAAACGCUGGACUUGCGCCAUGAAGAGCGACUAAAUGCGCUUUUCUAUCAACAGUACUUUUGUAUAGUAGAUAACGUUUUGCUGCCGGAAAAUUUGAAUCAUUGUAUAAAUGAAGUAAAAAAUCUCAUCCAUACAAGUUAUUCAUUGGUCGUAUUUAUAUUGGUUCGAAUUCAGUGAAUAAAUCAACACAAGGAAAAUAUAGAAACGCGAAACCUUUAAUCU